AUGGAGGGCAACAAGAAGGUCAUCAUCAUUGGUGCGGGCAUUUGUGGUCUGGCAACCGCCAUCCGCCUUCGGGAUCACAACGGCCUCGAACCCGUGAUCUACGAAAUCCGCGGCCGCGACGCCGGCACUCUGGGAGGUUCUCUGGGUAUUCCAUGCAAUGGACUCCUUCUCCUCAACCGUCUAGGUCUUUGGGACUCGGUCUCCGUGCGAGGAGUCGAUAUUGCCAAAACCGUCCUCCACUCCACCUCUGGCGGCAUCCUCAAAGAAGUUGAUGUCUCGACAGAACCAAAGGAGAAGACCGGAUUCGGUUACCACCGCAUCAACCGAUCGAAGUUGAUGGACUGUCUUAUGGAGGGCGUGGAGAGAUCCCAAAUCUCCAUCCACUGGGAAAAGCGACUUGUCUCUAUUAACGACAACGCCGACUCUAUCACCGUCAACUUCUCCGAUGGCACAUCUGAAACUGCUUCCCUCCUCCUCGGCUGUGAUGGUAUUCACUCCACCGUACGAACCCUUCACGUCGACCCGGGCUUCAAGCCAGAAUACUCGGGCAUCUCGGCCGUUUCCUCCAUCGUCGACGUCCCGAAUCCCAACGACAAACAACCAUGUCUGCACUCGACACUCACCCCCCAGGGAAUGCUGGCUAGCGCACCCUGCCCCAACAACCAGACCUUCUGGUUCUUCAGCAAACAGGUCCCUCUCCCAUCGCAGGACUCGGAAGACGCCCGCUACGGAUGGUCUCUCCACCGUCAAAAAGAAAUGACGGAGUUCCGCGAAUCACUCUCUACGGUCCUGGACGGUGUGCAUGGCGACUGGGGACAACAUCUCCGUCGGCUUGUGGAUACUAGUAAGGACGUGCACUUUUACCCUCACUAUCGUCUUCCCCUGGGUGGUAAGUGGUUCAAACCCGGUACUACCAGAUGUUUACUUCUCGGUGACGCAGCACACGCCAUGCAACCGCACGCCGGACAGGGUGUGUCGAUCGUCAUGGAAGACGUUUUCCUCAUCUCUGGAUUGUUGAAGAAAUUUGAGAACAAGGAGUACGACUCCCUCGAGGCUGUCUUCGCGAAGUUCGAUGAAAUCCGUCGCCCUCGGAUAGACAGAAUCUCUCUGACAGCGCAGCGCAACGGUGCUAAGCGCAAGAAUCAGAAUCCCUGGGUCGUCUGGGCCAAGGAGUGGGUGGUUUGGGCUAUGUCGUAUGUGAGCAGUGUUUGGGGCAUGUCUGUGUCGGGUGUUGAUCAUGGAGAUGUGAUUUAUGACGUUGAGGAUGAGUUGAAGAAUUGUUAG